CCGGGCAAGAUGGCGGCUGUACUGCCGAGGUGUAGCAGCCGCUCGGCAUGAAGUCAUUUUUUAAUACAUUGAUUUAAAUCAAACGGAAAUAUUUGAACACCGGACUACAGGGAGCGUGUACUACUUCCCACUCCAUUCAUCGACAUUAAUUUUCCUCUGUUGUGUUAAGGAUUAUUUUUCUGACAAAAUGAUAAUUGUAGUAGCUCGCUAAACUAGCUAACGUUAGCAAACACCGGAGAAAGUGUAUAAUGGGAGAAAAGCUAGAACUCAAGCUGAAAUCGCCAGUUGGAGCCGAAGCUGCUGGCUACCCGUGGCCAUUACCAGUAUACGAUAAACACCAUGAUGCUGCUCAUGAGAUCAUUGAGACCAUUCGGUGGGUGUGUGAGGAGAUCCCAGACCUUAAGCUGGCGAUGGAAAACUAUGUCCUCAUCGACUACGACACCAAGAGCUUCGAGAGUAUGCAGAGACUUUGUGACAAAUACAACAGAGCCAUCGACAGCAUCCACCAGCUGUGGAAAGGCACCACCCCGCCCCUGAAGCUGAACAAGCGGCCGUCCAACGGGCUGCUCAGGCAUAUCCUGCAACAGGUGUACAACCACUCGGUCACGGACCCAGAGAAGCUCAACAACUAUGAGCCCUUCUCCCCCGAGGUGUACGGCGAAACCUCCUUCGACCUGGUGGCCCAGAUUAUCAACGAGAUGGAGAUGAUGGAGGACGACACCUUCGUAGACCUCGGCAGCGGAGUGGGACAAGUGGUGCUGCAGGUUGCCGCAGCAACAAACUGUAAACACUACUUUGGUGUGGAGAAGGCAGACAUUCCAGCCACUUAUGCGGAGUCCAUGGACAAAGAAUUUAAGAGGUGGAUGAAGUGGUAUGGGAAGAAACACGGGGAGUACUCGCUGGAGAGGGGUGAUUUCCUGUCUGAAGUGUGGAAGGAGAGGAUAGCCAACACAAGUAGUGUUAUUUUUGUGAACAACUUUGCCUUUGGUCCAGAGGUUGAUCACCAGCUGAAGGAGCGGUUUGCUAACAUGAAGGAAGGUGGAAAAAUUGUAUCAUCAAAACCUUUUGCACCUCUAAAUUUUAGAAUCAACAGUCGAAACUUGAGUGACAUUGGCACAAUAAUGAGAGUCGUCGAGUUGUCUCCGUUGAGGGGUUCAGUGUCCUGGACGGGGAAGCCAGUUUCCUACUACCUGCAUACGAUAGACCGCACCAUACUUGAAAACUAUUUUCAUAGUCUCAAAAAUCCUAAACUCAGGGAGGAGCAAGAAGCAGCUAGGCGUCGACAAGAAAAGAAUAGUAAAGACAGUAAAAGCACCACCACCACCCCAACCAAGGAUUCCUGCGGAGAGGUUGAGCGACCGGGGCUGUUGGCAGUUGUGAAGGCGCAACCCAAACCGCGGCGCGCCAAACUCCUCAACAAGGGCCGCAAGCUGAGUGCUCGGAAGCGCGGGCGUCCCAAGAAGGCUGCCGUGGCUGCAGCUGAGCGAAAGAGCAAGAAGAGCCAGAGUGCCCUGGAUCUGCUGCACGCCAAGACCCUCUCUGCAGCACCCCCUCAGGAUGCCUACAGGUCACCUCAAAGUCCCUUCUACCAGCUACCUCCCAAAGUUCAGCACUAUGCGUCUGGCCAACUGCUGCUGGGCCCCAGUCCUCCUGGCCUACAACAGCUUCUAGACAAUAUUAAAGUCCAGUACCUCCAGUUCAUGGCCUACAUGAAGACACCUCAGUACCGCAACAACCUGCAGCAAGUCCUGGAGCAGGAGAAGCUCAAACAUAGAGAGCUUUCUGGGCAGGCGGAGCAGCUGCAGACUGUGUGUCAGACCCACAAAGAGAAGAUCAAAGGGCUCUUCCACACCAAACUGGAUGAGCUGGGAGUGAAGGCCCUCACCAUGGAGGACCUGCUGGAGGCCCAGAAGGAGAUCUCGGCCCACAACCGUCAGCUGAAGGAGCAGACCAAGCAGCUGGAGGGAGACAUGGCCGAGCUGAGGGAUCACAGCCUGCUCCUGUUGAAGUCUCGGUGUGAGGAGCUAAAGCUGGACUGGAGCUCUCUGUGUCUUGAGAGCCUGCUGAAGGAGAAGCAGGCCCUGCGUAGACAGAUCUCAGAGAAACAGCGCCACUGCCUCGAGCUGCAGAUCAGCAUCGUGGAACUGGAGAAGAGUCAGAGGCAACAGGAGCUGCUCCAGCUCAAGUCCUACAGUCCCUGUGAGGGCUCCCCCUACCGUAAGGGCCUCCCCGGCCUGGAGGCCCUCCCUCGCCCUCCCCUGGACCACCACACCCCCAAACUCAGCCUGGCCGUCGCCGGCCUCAACGGUCUCAGCCCCGAGCUGUCCAUCAACGGCAUCGCCUCGCCCUGCUUCCACAGGUUUGGUGGGGGGACCAAGGGAGAGCUCCUCUCCCGCUACCUGCCCAUCUCGCCCGACCACGAGAUCGUGCCCCCCACACCGGACGCCCGGCACAGGCAGCUGGGUCACCCCCUCCCCGACUACACCCGCUACUCCCCGGCCAAGAUCGCCCUGCGCAGACACCUGAACCAGGACUCUAGUAUGGCACAUUUCAGAGGGCUGGGCUUCACUGGUCUCAGGGAUAUGGGUGCCGUCAUCACUCCAUUAGGCGCUAAACUGAGCUGCCUGUCUCCCAACUCAUCAGACAGUCCGCAGAACAACACACCCAGGAGUGCUGAGAGGGUGGGUAAGGAGAAGAGUCCAGCGGGGGGCCAGGGUGACACUAUCACCAGCCUGCCCAUCAGUAUCCCCCUCAGCACGGUGCACCCCAGCAAGCUCCCUGUUAGCAUCCCCCUGGCCAGUGUGGUGCUGCCCAGCCGAGCUGAGAGACUGAGGAGCACACCGAGUCCUGUGUCCCAGACGGGCCAGACCAACGGGUACUCCUCUAGCGCAGGGCUGAUGAACGGAGGCUCUCACUCUGAGGACCAGGACAGUGCUGCCCCCUCCCCUCCCCCUCAUGGUGCCCCAACACAAGGCCACAGCCCCCCUCUCAGCACCGGGGGGGUCCUCCAGUACGCUGACGGCCCCCCCAGAAUCCUCCCUGAGGACUGGGCCGAGAGGCAGGGUGAGUCUGACUCUGAGCCCCAGGACAGCGAGUCAAGACGCCGCAUGUUCUUCUCUUCCUCCUCUUCCUCGUCUUCCUCCUCCUCAGGGGGCGCAGCCACUCGCCUCCACCUCGGCGUGGCCAGGCAGGGCAAGCAUCACCACGGCAACCACGGGAGUCACGGCAACCACACCAUCAAUAACCACCACCACUCGCCGGGCUCCCAGCACACACACUCCCACGGCCAUGGAUCUCAGGAGGGGCGCAAGCGUGGGAGGAGAAAGCGCAGCUCCACGGGGGCUCAACCUGCCAGCGGCUCCCCAAAGAGGAGGUCCUUUCCUGGGCUCAGCUCUACCUGCCAGCCCUCAGGAUCCCCACUCAACAUCAACUCCAUGGUGAACAACAUUAACCAGCCUCUGGAGAUUGCUGCCAUCUCUUCCCCGGAGCAGUCUGGCCGUAGCCCUUGUGUUCCAGACAUGGACCAGCCCCCCGUACUGAAGAGAGAACGCCCUCUGGAGAUGAACGGCUCAGGACACUACUGCUCCGCACCCAGCUCCGACGACGACUCUGGCUACCCUGCUGACAGCUCCAGCUCAAGAAUUGAAAGGAAGAUUGCCACUAUUUCCUUGGAGAGUAGAGAUGGAGCAGGCAGACCAGGGAACAGCGAGCGGGGAAGGAAAUCUGGGGGCAGCAGCGGGAACAGCACCGGCAGUGAAGUCUCCUCUUCAUCAUCUUCCUCAUCGUCCAACAGCAAGUGGAAGUCUACCUUCUCCCCCAUCUCAGACACCAAGCAGCCCCCAGCUGAGCUGAGGCAGGGGGGCUCCCCCUUCGGCAUGGGGAGAGAGCCAACGGGCCUGGGCACCGACUCAGACUCUGAUCACAAACCGCAGCAGAGGAGGGGGGGCGAGGGGGGUGGGGAUGAGUCCUCAGGGUCUCAGUACAUUCCCCCUAACCCCUUCCUCAGCCAGGAGGCUGGUGGCCGGCCAGGGGCAGGGCCCCAGGGAGGAAGCAGCUCUGAGAGGCAGGCUAUGCCCAAACAGAAGCCCAGGGGGGAGUGGGAGCUGAAGACAUCCAGCAGCUUAGGCAACAGCCAGAACCUCUUCAUCUCUGCGGCUGCCAGCGGGGGUAUCAUGAGCGGGAAGGUGGGGGGAUGCCCAGUAGCUGUGUCCUCAGCCUCAGGGGCCUCUGUGGGACAGUAUGUGGGGGCCCAAUUCCCCCUCGGGGGGGCCUCUGUCCUUCAGUCCCUGUUCGGGGCCCAGACGCCCGGCACCUCGGUAAGCGGGGCCUCUCGCCUGGUCAACGGACACUCUUCCCUGGGGAGCUUCUCCAGUGCUGGGUUGGCAGGCGGAGCAGCUGGAGGUAACUGAAGAAUAUCUACCUCAACCCAAUGUAACCUAUGCAAAUGGCCAGGUGUGGACCAAGGUACUCUACUCUUUCACUGGUGCUCCUCAGCCUGUUAUAUUGCCACUGUACUGGGACUCAAAACACACAGUGCUGAGAACACAUACACACUCACGUUGACACACACACUCACAGCAGAGUUGAGCAGUCACGGGGGUGUUUGUAUCGUGGGUUGAGGCUGACCGUCAUCCAUGGGUUGUGUUCAUCCCAUCAUGAAUUAAUUGGUAUGCUGCCUGCUCUGAACAUUAACGUUAUAGAGACACAGGACAUGCACUGUUUCCAUGGCAGUAAGUUGUACAGGUACAUCACUGUCACCAUGUAACCUGGUGCUACUAAGUAUUAAAUAUAGAUAAUUAUAUGGAGUUUUAAGACUCAAUUCAGACAUUUGCAGACUGAAGAAAGCACAGUUAGCAGUGUAGUUGUAUAGGUUGUAUUACUAAAGGCAGACUGUGUAUAUGGUGGGAGACUCCUGUGGUACCAUCAUCCCAGUAUCAUAUUUGUUCUGUCAUUAUCUGACCACCAGGGUGCUAUCUUAGACCUCAUCCCCCACACACACACAGGCUGCGUUUACACAGGCAGACCAAUUCUGACUUUUGACCUAUCCGAUCAGCUCUGAAAAAGAUCUGAUGUGAUUGGUCAAAAGACCAAAUAGUGUAAAAAAAAUAUCAUAAUUGGUCUACCUGUGUAAACGCAUAUAUGUAUGUAUGUAUGUAUGUACAUAAACUCAGCAAAAAAAGAAACGUCCUCUCACUGUCAAC